CCGACUCUCCGUCCCCCCAUCUCAUUUCAUGGGCUCUCCUGGUGCACAUAGACUUACACUCGUGAUCCUGCUCGUCGUCAACUGCCUACUGUUCGCUCAGAGUCGGUACGGACAGACUUCCGGGGCGCGACCAGGCAAUUUUCUGGGCCGGACACUGCUGAAGCGGGAUGUUGCGGCGUACAACUCGUCCGACUUAAGCUGGAAUUUCAAUGGUGACGGUUACGGCGACCAGUGUUUCCCGCGAGUGAUUCCGCUGGAGGAGCAAUGCACACAUGUCAAGACGGUGUGCCCCGACUCCGACACUUUCCUUUCAAUCCAGUACUUGGAAUCGUACUUUUGCUCAUCACUGGCUAUACGGCCCUUCAUCUUCGUUGGGUUGCUCCUAUGGCUCGUCUUUUUGUUCUCGACGCUUGGAAUAAGCGCAUCCGACUUCUUCUGUCCUAAUCUUGCCACUAUAGCGCAGCUUCUGGGACUGGAUGAGAAUGUGGCGGGCGUCACAUUCUUGGCCUUUGGAAACGGCAGCCCAGAUAUGUUCUCUACCUACUCCGCGAUGCGCUCGAACUCAGGCAGUCUGGCGAUCGGUGAACUGCUCGGUGCGGCGUCGUUCAUAGUCUCGUGCGUGGUAGGAUCCAUGUGCAUCAUCAAGCCGUUCCAGGUGGAGCGAUACCCAUUCCUGCGAGAUGUCGGAUUCUUCACUAUUGCGGUUACCCUGCUCAUUGUCAUCUUGCAUGACGGAACGCUUCGGGCUUGGGAGGCCGGCUGCCUCGUUGGUUUGUACAUUGCGUAUGUAACUCUUGUGGUGAUAGGGACCUGGUGGGAGAGACGGCGUGCGCACAGGCGCAUGAAGGAAGCCUUGAUACGUUCCGAGUAUCGAGAGGACGAAAUACCACAAAUGCCGUACUAUGAUGAACAGCCAUACCGUGAUGAUCCGUCCCCAUCCCCCGAGCGCAGCACAAACUCGCUGUCGGUACCAACUUUCACGCGACCACGAGCAAUAUCUCAACCAGGGCCCCCUCGGCUAGGCCUGCAUACUGACCUUCCCCAACGAUCACAGUCGCGGUCACAGUCGCCAUCUCCACGCCUGAGUCAGAUGCCUUCGUUCUCACUGAUUGGAGCUCUAGAGUUCCGGCAGGUAGUCUCGUCUCUGCAACACCAGGCAGCGAGUCCGUCUCUCAACAUAUUCGAGAACCCGGUCACGCCGUACGUCGGCGGCCGCUAUUACAGCCAGCCCAGAUCGCGACCUCGCACUCCUCUGCGCACUCCUAUCCUACUGGACCACGAUCAUGAAACCAAUCCAUGGGAUUCUGCGCUGGGCAUGCCGCUGAACGAGCGCUCGCCCGAGCUGAAUGGACGUGGAAUGUACUCUGAUACGUCUCUGCCUCUGCCCGACGGUGCUCAGAGUCCAGUGCCUGUAAUCUCCCAUACGCCCGCCUCUCCGACUUCGGAAGCAGAUACAGAGUCUCAGCACCGUGGCCCGCCUAUUGGUCGUGAACGCAUCUGGCAUAUUCUCGGACGGGCAUACCAUAUCCUUUUCCCCACUUUACAUCACUUCAGGUCCAAGACGUUCAUAGGGAAGGUGGCGGCUUUAUUCGCUGCGCCAGCUGUCAUGGCUCUGACUGUGACAUUGCCUGUCAUCGUAACGCCUUACGAGGAUAGUCAUACGCAAGAGAAGGCGCUUGCCAGUGAUUCGAGACUACUGGACUUUGAGGAAGAAGGUAUUGAAAGAACGCUCAUUGCGGAGGAGGAAGUGCAGGAGGAAAUGCACGAGCUCAAGUUCAACAAGUGGUUGAUGGCUGCGCAGUGCGUCUGUGCGCCCUUGUUCUGUGUCGGUGUUCUCUUCAAUGGUGCAGAUCAGCAACUCUGGCUCCUGAUGGCCGCGGGUGUUGCAGGUUUGGCCUGUGCAGCGCUGGUGGCGGUUUUCGCUGACAGGGGAGAGCAUCCCACCGCUCGCCUGACGCGUUGCAUGAUGGGCUUUUUCGUGGCUGUGGUUUGGAUCAUGGCUAUCGCUGAUGAAGUAGUGAACGUACUCCGGACGUUCGGCUUCAUCUUCGGACUAUCGGACGCCAUCAUAGGGCUGACCAUAUUCGCUGUUGGCAAUUCACUUGCUGAUUUGGUCGCAAACAUGAGCGUAGCUGUCUUUGCGCCUAUCAUGGGAUUCUCCGCAUGCUUUGGCGGACCUAUGCUGAACAUGCUCCUAGGCGUUGGAGUCUCCGGGUCCUAUAUCAUCAAUCAGAGGCAACGACCAUACGACCUGCACUUCUCAAAGACGCUGCUAGUGAGCUCUGGAGGCCUCCUGGCUAUGUUGGUGUCCACUCUAGUGUUCGUCCCAUGGAACGGAUUCUACCUUACGAGGAGAUGGGGCAUAUUCCUGAUAUUGUUCUAUACCACAAUCAUGGCUACUAACAUUAUCGUCGAGACGCGUUCAUAGACUAUGCUUCAGGUUGGACUUUGCUUUGACUAUCUACCGUAAUGUGCUAAAUGUAAUUUGGAUUCAUUUGCCUGCUACCACACGAUCCAGCAUAUUGCGG